AAGCAGCAGACCUUCUCCGGAAAGGAAGGUUGACCAGCCGAUGUGUGAAGUCCAUGAGGAUGAGAAAAUCAACAUUUACUGCCUGACCUGCGGCGUUCCCACUUGUUCUAUGUGUAAAGUGUUCGGCUCUCAUAAGGACUGUGAAGUGGCCCCUCUUAACAGUAUUUACCAGACGCAAAAGACAGAGCUCUCGGAUAGAAUAGCAAUGAUGGUGGGCAAUAAUGACAGAAUCCAAGGCAUCAUCAGUCAGUUGGAGGAGACCUGCAGAACCAUAGAGGUUAGUUACCCUGUGUGGGGGCUUCUCCCUCCCCAAAGCCUGGCACAAGAGCAGGAUUAUUGAUGAGGAACGUAAGAACACUUCCUCUGACAAAAGAUACACACGCUCUGGCAUGGACGAGCCAGGCAGGCAGGAAGCUGGAUUCUCUCCAGACCUCACAGUUGCGUUCACAGAGGCUUCAUGAUUGACAAGCAAGCAGAAAUGAGCCGUCUCUGUUGAGCAUAUGGCUUCCCUGACAGAAAGUCAUUGUGAGCAAGGUUGAGGGUUAGAUACGGUUGAAGGAAAGAAACAGGUAGUCAAACUAUUGAUUUUGAAAGUACAUUUUUAAUCUUAAUUUUGAACUUUGGUGGUCCAUAGGUUGUGUUCCAAUCACCCAAUAGUAGCCUAUAAAGUGGCAUUCUUUAGUAAAAAAUUCUAUGCUUAUAUGCUAGAGCUGGGUUUUGACAAAUUCCACAAUUCGAUUAAAUUCUGAUCACAAGCUUGCGAUUUGGAUACACACCAAAUUUCUCAAGGAAAAAAAUCUCUGAACUAAUACUGUAAAAUAUGCAUCAGAGUUAAUUGAUAUUACUACGUUAAAAUGGACUAAUUUGUAUACAAGCGCUUAAAUUACACAAUUAAGUUUUCAUAGUAAUCAAGUUACAAUUACAUAUUUUUAUUUACAUAUUACAUAUAAUUACCUAUUUCUACUCCAAUUUGU